AUGUCAACACCAACAAAAUCAUCAGGAGGUGGUAGAACUUAUUGGUCUGAUAAUGAAGAAAAUUAUUUAAGAGAACAAUAUUUUCAAAUGAAAAAGAAUGGAGAGAGAAUUAAUCAUAUAAAACUUUGUGACUUAAUAAACAAAAAGUUUCAUUCUGGUUCAUCAAUUCGUACUGCACAAGCAAUAAAAAAUAAAUCACAUGUUUUAGGUAUUACAACACCAACAUCAACACCAAAUUCAACACCAACAUCAACACCAAAUUCAACACCAACAAAAAAAGAAUAUGAAAAAGGUAUAGAAGUUAAAAAACCAGUUAUUCAAAAUAUUAAAAAUGUUGGUGAUAUUAAUAAUCAAGAAGAUGAAGAUGAUGAUGAAGAUGAAGAUGAUGAUGAUAAUGAUACCCAAACUGAUGAAGAAGAAAGUGAUAAUGGAGAAGAGGAGGAAUAUUAUGAUGACCAAGAAGAUUAUGAAUUUGAAAUUAAUGAAGAUGAGUUCAAUCAAGUUAAAAAUGAAAAAGAAAAUGAAAAGGAGAAAUCAGCUAAAAAAGUUUCACAAACAACCUCUGUUUCAAUCUCAAAUAUGGAUAAUAGAAAUAGUGUACCUUUUCAAAUUGAACUUCAAAUCCCUUCAAAAACAAAAACAACAUCAACAAAAACAAAAACAACAAAAACAACAACAAAAAGAGAUGUAAUAUUAUCAGAAAUGGAUUAUCUAAAAAAAAGAUUAGAUUAUUUGGAUGAAAAAUUGAAAAAUUUAGAUUUAAACUGUAAAUAA